GCCAGACUCAAGGUGGACUCAAGCGUAGACGAAAGACAAUAUAAUGUGUCAGGAUUUUGUUACCAGGAAGAGCCAUGAGGACAAAAACAAGCUGCAUAUAGAUGUAAAUAAUGUAGAACCUGUACGUGCAGAGGGUAAAGAGAACCUGUGACAGAUUCAAACAGAGGUGGAGUGUUGAGAUGAAGAUCCAUAAGAAGAUUCUGACCCAUUACCUGUCGUGCACCUCUCCAGUGGAUAAAGAAGGAUAUCUCUUCAAAAAGAAAGAGCGGAAUGCCACCUACCAGCGGCGGUGGUUCGUCCUGAAGGCCAACCUGCUCUUCUACCAGGAGCGUCCGGCUGACCGCCACCUGCUGGGGGUCAUCGUCCUGGAGGGCUGCGCUGUGAGGCGUUCAGAGUCUGAAGGACAGUUCGCCUUUUCUCUGGUGUUUGAAGGCUUUAAAACCUACAGACUGGCAGCGGUGGAUCAUCAGACCAAGGAGAGCUGGGUGAAGUCUCUGCUGUCGGCCAGUCACUGUUACCUGUCCCUGCUGGUCCGAGACCUGGGACGCCAGUAUGAAGAGGCCAAACAGAACCAAGGUUCUGGUGAGUCCAGUUCCUCGGCCCACAUGAACUCUGACCUCUUCUUCCCUUCGACCGCCGCCGUCAGAGAAGGUCGAAGCUUCAGCGCCGGCACCGUUCUGCAGACGCCGUCCUUCCACACUAAAGCCAUGGCCAGAAAGUCUCCGAAACUGUGGCACCGGAGGAACGCCCACGUCACGCCACUCAACGGACCGGCGCCUCUGUACGGAGAAUGGCCUCUGGUGGAUCUGGACCCACUGGAGGACUUCAGGAAACUGCAUGACUACUACGGCCAGGAAGUGAAGAGAGUGAGAGAAGAAUGGAUGAGGAGUCGACAAGAAGAAGAAGAAGAAGACAGUGACCAAGACCUCAUCUACCUGGGCUGAACUGAAAACCAGCACAAGAGGAAGUGAGAGUGUCAAAGUGGAACUGAACCCAAACUGGAACUGUUCUUUAAACUAUAUUUGAAACGCAGAGUUUGACGCUCAGACACCUGGAACUGUUUCCUGUAAGUCACACAUGUCAAACUCAUGAUAGUUCAGCUUCCACAUUCAUCUCAGUUCAAUCUAAAGUGGGUUGGACCAGUAAAAUAAUAACAUAAUAACCAAUAAUUAAUGACAACUCUGAAUUUUUCUCUUUGUUUUA